UUCGACCAUCAAAAGUUUGAUUUGAUCCAUAGAUCUUGAAGAGCCAGAAUGCCACGUCGUGGAAAAAGUAGCAAACCAAGCUAUGGCCGGACGACCGGGAGUCCGUACAUCAACAAGCCGCUUCCUAGUGGUGUUCCAGUACCUAUGUGGUUUUGUGGUGAUCCUUGCAAGGUAGACAUUUCAGAAGACGAGGAAACCUAUCGGCAGAGGUAUUGGAUGUGUUCCAAUUAUGCCUGGGAGCCUACGCCAAAACAAUGCCGCAGUAACUUUAUUACCCCUCCACAAUUGUGUGAUUUUGAGCAGUGGAUCGACACUAAGAUUAAGGAGUCCGACAAGCGGCUUCUACAAGGCCUAAAGGAGUGGGAUGCAGAGCGUGGAGAGAUAUUAGAGAAGAGACGCGGAGAGGAGGCUCAAAAGAGGGAGCACAAGGAAGAGGAGGUCAGUCUGUCGAUGCUUCUGUUGAAGGUCAGUCUGGGCACAAGUGUGUGGACCUACAAUUUUUGUGAUCUUGAACUUCCCGGUGGCCUUAUGUUUACGAGCACAGACCCUCCAGUUGCAAUCUAACAUCUCACACACAACCGUGUAGCGGCGCUCAACAUAGGAGUGCAACACCUUGAAGGGUCUUUUACGUAUUACAGAAUACUGCUGUAACCACCUUUUUAAGCUGGGCAAGUCAUUAAAGAUCAUGCCCUUCUGAAUUUGAACACUGUCACUAGCCUCAGGAGCCUCCAGUAGCUCUUCCCUCUGCA